AUGGCAAACCAGGCCCCCCAGAACCCGAACGCCCGAAACCAGCUCACCCAGGGCCAGACCACCCAGAGUCAAACCACCCCAAAUCGGCUUAGCUGGUGGAGAUGGACUGACCUCCGCAUUCGCCAACACCGCAUGUUGGUCGAAAGGCACUACCCCAUGCCAGAAGGCGGACCAGCCCAUGCCAAGGGGACCAUAGAAGUUGAGUCGCGACAAACUGGACGCAUAAUACGCGUCAAUUGGUACUGUGGAAUGGACACCAACGCUGCAGCUCCAGUCAUCAUCCAUCUCAGCGGCAGGAACUUCUGCGUUAAAUCUCAUGGCAUCGACGAUGAAUUCCUUCACCUUGUUGCACGUGAAAAUAGCCCCUUCAUAGUCCUCGACAUUGACUACCGUAUCGCCCCGGAGUACCCAUAUCCUGCGGCGCUCGAGGACAUUCAGGACGUAUUGCAAUAUCUCAGGCGCCGUGGUGACGAGUACGAUCUCAAUCACUUGGCUAUCUGUGGAUUCGGUGCUGGGGGGAAUCUGGCCCUGGCUAUGGCUAUUAGUUCCCCCCGUGACACUUUUGAAACCGCGGUUGUGUUUUAUCCGGUCACGGAUUUGUCGUACUCAGAGAAGCGCAAGAUUCGGCUUAUGGAUCCGAUAAUAAGGAAGAAAAUGAGAAGGGGGACGGGUGGGGUGAUGCCGCCAUGGGUGAUGGAGUCGACUCUCCAGUCUUAUUUGCGUGGAAACCGUCCUAACAUCGUGGACGAUCCGAAGCUUUCGCCUAUUCGCCAGCAGGAUGAGACUAGAUUUCCGCGAAGGUUACUUUUCAUUACAGCUGAAGGGGAUCCGUGGACCGCGGACACUCAGACGUUGGCAAAUGGGUUGAUAUAUGCUAGGCGUCGGGAUCCGACAUCAUUGCCGACAGUGUUUUAUAUGGAGAUGCUUGGCGUAGGUCAUGCUUGGGAUAAGUAUAGGAAACUUGAUGCGAAUGGAUUGGCACAGAAGAACACAGCGUAUGAGACGGCGGCGCGGUUUUUAAGAAGAGAGAUCCACCCGUGA